AUGCACGACGACAGCAGCAGAGGCCGCACAUCCCANUCACACGACAGCGGAGGUGAGCGGCAUGACGGGGGCGCAUGCACGACGACAGCAGCAGAGGCCGCACAUCCCACCUCGGCCACCGCAGCGGCGUGCUCCCUCCUCCACGACUACCCACGUGACCUCAAACGUAACCCUACGUGGGCAUGUGUAAAAUGCAUGUAUACACGUGUGACACGCUCGACGCAUUCACCGCCACAGACCACGGCUGGCAGCGCAACGAGCAGUGAAAUCCCCCCCUUCCUCCUCAAAAAACAAAUAAACAGAGAAACACACACACACCGACACAAACCAUUCCUCUUCUCGCCUCCUCCAUCACCACAACGCUAG